UUAUAUUUUCAGGCCUGAAAAUCAGCCAGUUUCACAAAUGAUCACUGACGGGGUCUCGGAUGAAACUGAUCCCUACUCGAAACUGGAAGGUCUGUUUUCGUCCUUCUUGAACGGAGACGAGUCAAACACCAACACAGUUUGGGGAUGGGAAGACAGCCAGGACCCCAAUAAUUUAGAGGGGUUCCCUCCUAGCCUCCUCACCCCACUGCAGAACGUUCAGAUCACAUCCCAGCACCUUCCUUAUCAGCCUUUGAGCAGCGACACAGAGAGAAAUACAGAGAAGACUCUGCACUGGACCAACAGCCAGCAGGUCUACCAAUCAUACACUUCGUUUCCUGCAUCGCUAAGCGACCACCUAAGCUCCGCCCCCUCAGAGGACGAUGAGUUCCGAAACCUGGAUAGCCCCGCCCUCGAGGUGUCAGACAGCGAAUCAGAUGACACGAUACCCCCCCGGGACUCGCCCACUUACUAUGGAGUCCCCCACACCAGUCUCCCCAGUAAGAGGAAGCAGCGUCUCUACCAGUUCCUCCUGUCCCUCCUCCACAGAGGAGAGAUGAGAGAGUGUGUCUGGUGGCUGGAUCGAGAGCUUGGGAUAUUUCAGUUCUCCUCCAAGCACAAGGAAUCUCUCGCUCACCUCUGGGGGGCGCAAAAGGGCAACCGCAAGGCCAUGACCUACCAGAAGAUGGCGCGAGCCCUGAGGAAUUAUGGGAAAACUGGAGAGAUCCGGAAAGUGAAAAAGAAACUCACCUACCAGUUUGAUACGUCACUGCUGGAGAGGAGCGUGCGCAAGUGAAUCGGACUGUGUGUGUGCGCGUGUGUGUCUCUCUCUCUCUCUCAUUAGCGGUGAUGCUGUGUGUGUCUCUCUC